CAGACGUGUGUACCUUGGUAUUACCGUUUGCCUCAAUCAGCGCAGGUACCAUUGCUCGGACCAUUCGUUUCUACUACAGCAUCUCGAAAGGGCUCGGACCAGUCGUUAGCCCUCGGACACAUCGACAGACUAGAAUUGGCGCACCACUGCCAUUCUACAGACCAACAGGACAUUUGUGUACUUUAGAGGGGUUCUUUCUACAAGUUCCCUUUUCCUUCACUGCCUGCCUAUCAUCAGCUCUUUGUCCCCCUUGGACUUGAGCCCCUGAUUUUCCCCACUACGCCCUUGAGCUUCAAGCUGCCUAUUAUCCUCCGUGGACUCGCAGCCUUUACGUGGUCCGUAUUGGUCUAAUCUUGACCAUUACACCACUCAGCCAUUUGUAGCGUCGCCGCUGCAAUAUCCCCCAAGUUCUCCUCCAUCCGAAGCAGGUAGGUCUUGUUGACCUACCCGGAACACAACCGCCAACGUGGCUGCUGCCGUGGCUCAUCCGUCUUCCAUGCAUCCUGGGUCUGACCCAAUGGGUGCGCCUCCUAGCUUUGCAGCGCGGAGACCUCACGCCCAGCAACUCGGCAGUUUUGAGCUGCCACCGCCACCGAUGCACAAAUAUCCUUUCAGCAACACUAUUACCACUUCACAGUCGCAACAGGCUCCAGUCACUAUUGCCAGCGUUGGCAACCUCCUGACUCCGCCAAACACUAAUCACAGUGACGUGAUAAGCUCAACUGGAGUUUCAGCAGCUGGCUCACACUAUUCCACAGCAAUGGCCUAUUCCAACGGCCAAUACAUCUACUCUCCGCCUGCGCAAGCAUCAGCUGCGCAGUAUGGCUAUCAGGCUGCGCAUCACCAGCAGAACCAAUACGGACAGGCCCGAGGAGGUAUGUUCGCUCCAUCGCGUGGUGAGGGCCAGCUUGGACGACAGGACUCACUAGGCAAAGGGCUGAACCCGCCACCAUAUGAAAUGACCCAGCAACUUCCACCUUUUACGCCUUCGUCCAACGGAUCAAGCAUGCCUUCUAUCUCUACACAGCAUCAUCACCAUCAGCAGAUGAUGGGUAAUCAAACCCCCGUCUCCUCUUCGGGACCACAGCAGUCGCCUGCUCUCAGCCAGGACUCGUUCAGGCCGCCUCAGCCCCCAACCCCUACCUACAGCUACCACAACUCAGGAACACCCCAACACUCAAACUUUCCCUACUCGACUGGACCAUCGCCAACUUUGAGUCAGCAGCAGAGCCCCAUCAGCGCUGGUGGUUCGAUGCAGCGCAUGUCGCCAGCUGUGUCGCAGGGUCCGAUCCCAUCGAUCCCAUCCAACAACCCAGCGCACUCUCCCUACCAAUACCAGCAAAGGCCAUCUUUGCAGUAUAGAGGAGGCCAAGCGCCUGUCUUUUCUAACGUUCAGAACCCCGCCGGAGGCCUUGCACUUGUUGGACACCCCGGCAUGAUGUCUGGUUUCAACAGUGGACACGCUGCGCAGAUGCCCCACUUCAUGGGACAUCCCCAGCACCAACCACCAACUGCCAACGAUCGUCCAUUCAAGUGUGAUCAGUGCCCACAGAGCUUCAACAGGAACCAUGAUCUGAAGCGUCACAAGAGGAUCCAUCUCGCCGUCAAGCCCUUCCCUUGUAACCACUGUGAUAAGAGUUUCUCCAGGAAAGAUGCGCUCAAGAGACACAUCCUUGUUAAAGGCUGCGGAAAGGUCGUCGGCGAAAACGACACCAAGCGCGAAAGUCACUCUCCGCGGGCAGAAGAUCUGAAAUCCCACUCGUAAUCCGUCUCGCGGUUCGCGGCUUCAUCCAGAAGUCCCUUUCGGCCUUUUUACUUCACUUCUAUUGUAUUAUCUAUACCCUCUUAUACGGAAUUCCCCUCUGAGGUUUCGGUG